CACUCUAAAUAGAAUAGAAGGGUAUAUAUUGAGAUUAUUGAUUAGAGGGAAAAGGAGACACUCAGGAAACAACAAUUGGCAAUAGCAGCGUAAUACAGGAACCAGAACAUCACUGCAAUCAGAAAUGAAUGCUAGUGCUGCAGUGGGAGUGGGCAUUUCCCCCUCCACCUCUAAGCCAUUGGCCAUGGGCUUAACACCAAUCCCUAUCCGUUUGCGCUGGAGGAGGAGUUGUUCAAUGAUUGAGACGGAGGCGGAGCUAGCUGCGUCGGAGGCCCAACCCGUCUCUCGCCGCCUCAUUCUGCUUCGCCAUGCCAAGAGUUCUUGGCAACAUACAGCUCUGCGAGAUCAUGACCGUCCUCUCAGUAAAACCGGACGAGCUGAUGCUGCCUUGGUUUCUAAAAAGCUCCAGCAUAUGGGUUGGAUCCCUCAGCUUAUUUUAUCUAGUGAUGCCCUGCGAACGAGGGCAACACUUAAUAUCAUGCAGGAACAGGUGCGUGGUUUUCUGGAAGCGGAGGUCCAUUUUAUCUCAAGUUUUUAUUCCAUUGCAGCCAUGGAUGGCCAGACUGCUGAACACCUCCAACGAACUAUCUGUCAGUAUUCAAGGGAUGAAAUACUUACCAUCAUGUGUAUGGGGCAUAAUAGGGGAUGGGAAGAGGCAGCCUCCAUGUUCACCGGUGCUUCCAUAGAGCUCAAGACCUGCAAUGCUGCUUUGCUUGAAGCUACUGGAAAAUCUUGGGAAGAGGCAUUUUCUGUAGCAGGAUUUGGUGGAUGGAAGCUUCAAGGGAUAGUGACACCUAGUAGUAACCUCUAGAGUGUAAACAGUAAAAAAUUUUGAACAAUCUAACCCCUCCCCACUGAAAGGAAAAACAAUUAUUCAAGGAAGCAUUAGCCAGAGUUGGUAAAAGGUGGUAACCAGCUUUGAAUCCAUACAGAUGUUAGUUGUUUGCGCUCUGCAGGUAGCAACUGUUGAAGUGGAUCUUGAUCAAAACAUACAUAGCAAUUCGAGCUAGCAUGUGGAAUUUGAGGGGCGGCUAUCUUGAAAGAGUUGCCUCUUUUGCUUGGUUCAUGAUGUUCCAUGGCAAUAUGAUUCUGCGGCUCUUUUCCGUCAGAUAGAUUUCCUGUUGCGUUACACUAUAGUGUGGUAGAAAAUGAUUAGUUGAAAUGAUUACUUGAUUGCACUGCGCUUUGGAUCAUUUUAUGGUUUGAGGUCUCAUGAAUGACCCUUGUUUU